CAGUCACCAAAUAAACCAAAAGCAGUAGAAGAAGAACACGUAGCUAACUGUAGCUAACAAAGCUAAACAUUUUAGCUUCUCCUGUUGUUAUAUUAAUAUAAAGCAGACGUAGCUACUGCCUGGGAUGCUACGACUCUAGAUGCACUGAAAUCUGUCGGCCUACAAAAAGAUUUAACCGAGAUGCAGGCGGGGGGCCCUGUAGGCCCGCAGAUGGCAGCGGCCGGAGCUCAGAGUCGGUCGGAGGAUGAGGAGCCCGCAGGGAAGAAGGAUCUGAAGAGGACGACUACCCAAGCCUUCGGCGGUGGGAUUCCCAAACGGAGGAGUUCGUCCAGGUCCAUUAAGAGGAAGAAGUUUGACGAUGAGCUGGUGGAGAGCAGCCUGGUGAAGUCCUCAACCAGAGUGAAAGGCCCUCCAGUCAUAGAGCCAAUCCGCUGCUCAGGGAGCGAGCCUUCGUCCAAUGAGAAAAAGAAGGUGACAAAGUCCAGCACUACUCUUACACCCCCCCUCACCAUGGUGGUCACCCCCCCUCCCAUCGCCAAGAGGGUGAAGAAGAGCAAGCAGCCGCUGCAAAUCACAAAAGACCUGGGCCGCUGGAAACCCACCGACGACCUCCUCCUCAUCAACGCUGUUUUACAGACCACAGACCUCACCUCGGUCCACCUGGGGGUGAAGUUCAGCUGUCGUUUCACCUUCCGGGAGAUCAAGGAGCGAUGGUACGCUCUGCUCUACGACCCGGUCAUCUCAAAGCUGGCGUGGCAGGCCAUGCGCCAGCUCCACCCGGAGACCAUCGCUGCCAUCCAGAGCAAGGCCCUCUUCAGCCAGGCGGAGGAGGCCCUGAUGGCAAAGAUCGGCUCGACCAGUCAGCCGAAGCUGGAGGUGUUCCAAGAGCUUCUGAGCAAAUACCCCAGCGUGUUCCAUCCCUCCAGGACCCCCAAGAGCCUGCUGGUCCACUGGCAGCUGCUCAAGCAGUACUACCUCCUGGAGGACCAGAGUGUCCAGCCCCUACCGAAGGGGGACCAGGUCCUCAACUUCUCUGACGCUGAGCAGAUGGUCGAUGAGGCCAAACUAAAGGACAGCAGGGACGAGGUGUUGGAGCAUGAGCUGAUGAUCUCCGACCGGCACCAGAAGCGGGAGAUCCGCCAGUUGGAGCAGGAGUUGCCCCGCUGGCAGGUUCUGGUGGACAGCAUCACCGGAAUGAACGUCCCGGACUUCGACAACCAGACCCUGGCUGCGCUGCGGGGCCGCAUGGUGCGCUACCUCAUGAGGUCCAGAGAGAUCACCCUGGGGAGAGCCACCAAGGACAAACAGAUCGACGUUGACCUGUCGCUAGAGGGGCCCGCCUGGAAGAUCUCCAGGAAACAAGGAAUUAUUAAGCUGAAGAAUAAUGGUGAUUUCUUCAUCGCCAACGAGGGUCGUCGUCCGAUCUACAUCGAUGGCAGACCAGUUCUGUCCGGCAACAAGUGGAAACUUAACAACAACUCUGUGGUGGAAAUUGCAGGGUUGCGAUUCGUCUUCCUCAUCAACCUCGAACUCAUUUCACUCAUCAAAGCGGAGGCGGCCAAGAUGACUCAGCAGUGACCUCUACAGGUUUGGACUGAAACUACACGCGGAAGCCGUUCGGUCGCAGGAGCCUUGAUGAAGACCAUCAAGAACUUGUAUCUGCAUUGAGCAUCUUACGGACCUCUUGUGAUGCUCAUGCUCACCUAACCUCCGGGAGCGAGAGAGAGACAUGUUUCUUACUACCACGAUUUAACUGUAGUCUUUUUUUCUGUAUUGUUUUUUUCUGGAUAUUAAAUUGUAUUUAAACUUGACACAA